AUGAACUUGGGCGGCUCUAUUGGCGGUUUGAUGAAUGAUGGCAACACAUGUUUUAUGAACAGCGUUCUUCAAAGUCUGGCUUCGUCGAAUGAAAUAAUGGACUUUCUCGAGAGUUUUACUCAGAACGAGAAUAUUUCCCCUCAGAAUAAGCCUGCUUUCUCAUCUGCAUUAUAUGAAUUGCUCAGCAAAUUGAACGACAAGCAUGGGAAUAAAUCCCCUACAUACAAAACACGCAAUCUUCUGAAGGUGAUGAAAGAUGGUCCCAGCAAGCAUUUGUUCUUGGGCUAUAAUCAAGAGGAUGCUCAAGAAUUCUAUCAGUCCGUAAUGAGUCAAGUUGAAAAAGAAUAUAUUGGACCCAAUUCAAAAGAUAAGGAGAAGGGACAAAUUCAAGACAAAUUUGUCGAUUAUGAAGAUGGAAUGAUGACAGGCUUGCAAAACCUUGGUGACUUAGGAACGAUUUAUCUGCCUGCAAAACAGAUUGACCCCUCUUACCCUAAUGCAGAUUCCAAAGUAUACCCAAUGAAGCUCAUCACUCCAGUUGAUGGACUUCAGUGCGAGCGGAUUGGAUGUACCAAAUGUGGGGAGAUGGGGGGGAUACGCUAUUCAGUCAUAAGCGGGCUAGGAUUAAAUCUGUCAUCUCCCACUCAAUCAACCUAUACUCUCGAGGAAUUAUUGGACGGUUGGAUCGAACAAGAAAUCAUUGACGGUGUGGAAUGUAACAGAUGUGGUCUGAUCGAAAUUCGUGCUACUCUCAUCGAAGCCAUUGAGAAAUACAAAGAGCAAGGUUCCAAAAUGGAGAAGCUUGUGGAGCUCACCUCUAAACGAAUCCGGGAAAUUGAGGAGGAACUAGCCAAACCAACCAUCAAUGAUGCAGUCUAUGAAAGACUUCACACCAAAAACAAAGUUCAAAAAUCGAAGAAAACUAAGCAAGUAUUCUUCGCAAGGCCUCCUGCAGUUUUGUGCAUACAUAUAAGUCGCUCAGUGUUUGAUCCUAGAACCUACACUGUGCGCAAGAACAACGCAAAGAUUGUUUUUCCAACUAGGCUCGACUUUGCUGAUUACGUCGCCGAGCCUGAUAAUAUUAACACGGAUGCACGAUUACCGUUUAGAAAAAGUGACGAUAAUGGUGGAGAUGACGGUAAAGCAGAUGUUGAGGACUCUAGCUCAUCCGGCCUGAAAUACUCACUCAAAUCUGUUAUUUCACAUUUCGGAACGCACAACUAUGGGCAUUACAUUGCAUACAGAAAGUACCGAGGAGUCUGGUGGAGGAUAAGUGACGAAAUAGUCAGGGUGUCUUCGGAGGCUGAGGUGCUUGCUUCUCAAGGAACUUUUAUGCUAUUUUAUGAACUAAGCUCUCGAAACGACCCGAGAGAUGACUUUAAAUCCCACGAAACUGAACCAUUGACUCCGGCAAAUACUGAAGCUGAUGGAGAGUCCAAACUGAAUCAGGAUACUGACUUAGAAUUGGAAAGUACAUUCGAUGCUGGUAAUUCCCUAGACGACAGUCUUCGCGUGAACCAAGAAGAAGAAUUACGACAAAAUGAGAUGAUUGCCAUACAGGCCAACUUGUAA